AUGGAAAAAAGAAAGAAACACACAACUGGAGGAGUCCUGUUCUGGACCCCUGCCCCAGUAGGCACCUCACCCACCAGCCCUAUAGCAUCUGAAGAAGACUGGGAGGAUGAGUAUGAAGAGAUGAAGAAGGAGAAAGAGAAGGAAUUUCACAGCCAGAUGGAUGAGAAUGGGAUCAUUGGACUAAAAGAGGCUCUUGAGGAUGUGGAACUCAGGAGAAAUUAUGGUGAUGGGGACGAAGAUUGUGACCCACCCUGGUAUGUCGGUGGCCCUAGUGAGCCGAGGACAGCGGAGGACCUCUUCAUGCCACCAAUUGAACUGAGUUGCAGCCUGAAUGAUGACACCACAGGUAAAUUGGAGGUAUUGAUUGAAGAUAAGGACCUGAGGGAGAGGGAAGAAGAGGAGGUGCAGACACAGCUUGUCCAGUGGGAGAGCACCGAGACUCCUCCUGAGAUAGAUGAACAACUGAGUAACACAGGGGAAGUCACCAUAGGAGAGGAAGAGGAUGGAACAAGGAUGCACAGCAAGAGAAAGAGAAAUGAACAAAAUCACACAACAGGGCCUGCAGCUAUGCAAAUUAUGGCUGAAAGCUACCCUGUCAGAGGAGACGAUGCGAAGAUCGGUUUCUUUGGAGAAUCCAGUUAUGAGUUACCAACUUUCAAAGUUAAUGUGUCUUCCAAGAGAAAUGAUCAAAAUGGAAUGUCAGAUUUGGUUGUGUGUAAACCUCGCAAUCUCUCACCCUGCUCUCCACCUAACCUUCCCCACCCAAUCCCCCAGUCACCCUCUUCUACGAGGGCCUCAUGUCUUAACAGCUGCCUCUACUUUUCAUCUAAGGAGUUAGCUGACCAUCCAGGAACUGAGGCAGAGAUAUUCCCAGAGGCGGACUUUACAGAAAGCCUUCCUGAAUCCUGUAGCAGCCAUGUGAGUCAGGCCUCCAAGAAUCACAGGCCACAUUACAAGAAGGAGGACCUAAAAGCCAGAGUGUCUCCUUCCCCAACAACCAUCUCCACUGAAAAAAUAUCACCAAAUCAGGACAGGAAAGGUAGGCAUAAAGAGGAAUCUGGAAAGUCAACUGUUGAUAAAAGCAAGAGAGGAACACGGAGUUACCGCACACCAGACUUCUCCAAAGUAGAGCCUCGAGUCCGUUUCCCCAAAAGUGGCUACAAGCCCCCCAAGAGCAGAGGUUCUUCCAAGAAGUAUCAUUCAGCUGAGCCCCCCUUGGUGUUUAAAUCCCCCGCUGACAUUGUGAGAGAGGUGCUGUUGAGUAACACUGAUGGACCUUCACCACCAUCAGACCCUGCUGGGCCACAGACCAGUGUCCCCAACUCAACAGUGCCAGAUGAGUUCAGGAGUCCUCAGCAGGCCACAACAUUGGUCGAGCAGCUACAGGAGGACUACAACAGACUGCUGACUAAGUAUGCAGAAGCAGAGAAUACCAUUGAUCGUCUACGUCUGGAGGCCAAGGUAAACCUCUGCUCUGAACCUCCAAAGUCUAGCCACUCUGUGCAAUCAGGAAUGAUUCAGGAUGGUACAAAGUUCAUGACCUUGAACUUUCCCCAGUCACAGAGAACGGAGAUCAGCUCUAGUUCAUGUCACCUGAAUGGACUUGGAGCACAUCAAGUCUACCCAGCUUGCCCUUCCACAGAGACCUCUAGCUCCUCCAGGGGAAGCCUUAGCACUCACGUUGGGUAUUGGUUGACCUCAACGCUCUCUAAUCAAGCUGACAAGUUUCUCCAGCAGGUCCAUACAUUUGAGGACCUCCUGAAGAGUGGGAAACUCAAACCUUUUGAGCAGAUUAAGGGUCUGUCACAGCUGGUCCAAGGGCUUGACUCUUUAGAAAAGGGUUACCUGGCAGCGAGAAAUGAGCACAGACUCCUACAGCAAAGAGGGGUUCAAAUAGGUUCCUUUGACCCAAAUAGGGAGUUGGAGGGGCUUGUCUUCCAGUGUGGGUUGUGUGUGGAGGAGCUGAAGGAGCAGAUUGAAAAGACAAGACAGGACCAGCCCACCUCCACAUCACUUCUUUCUCCACCGACUCACCCUACUCCCUUGUCCAUACCCACCGAGGAAAGAGAACCCAUAACACACCCAGAGAGCCCAGUGUUACCUUUGCCAGGAGAGUUUGCGUCAGAUUCAGCAUGGAUGUGGAGAGAAGAGGUGAGCUCAGCGAGUGGAGAGAGUGAAGGACAGGAAGCAGGGAUGGAGGAAGAGGGGACUCAAACCUUCAAGCCCCUCGACCACAAACACACACUAAUGGACAGAUACCAAAGCUUCAAGGCGCUUCCCAAAACCCUGGACCAGGAUCUGAGGAAGGAAGUCACAGACUCCCCCAGUGUAGGAGGUGGGAUAGAGUCAAGGGAAGAGAGGAUGGAAGGACAUUUUCAAGCAACUGAAAACAUGGAACUCCAGAUCGAUCUCCGACAGAGACACACCAAGACAGAUGAACAGGAAUCUCCUCUUCUUCCAACUGCCAAACCGAGGGCCAGCAAAUCAGAUCCUCCUUCUCCUAGAAUCUCCAACCAAUCCCCUACGUUUCCCAGUCAUCCAACCAUUAGCAGAAGAAGGAGAGAGGAUGGGAAGUCCCACAGCAGCAGUCUGACCAGUCUGGGAGAUAGCGCUGUGUUGGAGAGACCCGGCUCCCAAGUACCACCUGAGAGGAAGAGAGUUCUCUCUCAGGAUGGCAUCAUCUCACCAGAAACAGACAGCGGCUUCGUCGGCUCGGAGAGCAGCCGUUUGACUCCUGCUGCAGUUCCCAGCCAUCUCCACCAGAGGGCGAGUUGUAGUGUUUCAGCCCCUCAAGCGAAGAGCCUAGAGAAGCCCCCGGCGGGUCCAGUCUCAGCGGGAACUCACCCCGCCUCCUCAAAUUCGGACAGACCCAAGUAUAUGGAGCACAGCACUGCCUCACGGGUCAGCACCCCAGGAAAGAUAAAGGGACAACCGAGUAGAACCACAAGGAGGGAGAGGAGAAGUACCUCAGGCUGCAGUUCUCCACAGCAUUGGACCAGUCAGACGCCCCUGGCCAGGGCCGGUAGUGGGACCAGUGAUUUUGGGCUGGACAGUGGCAAUACCAACAUGGGGUCAGAAGAGGAAGAGGAGCAGGAUGAGCAAUUUGCAGAGUCCACCAGCUCUCAGCAGCACAGCUACAGCCGAAGCCCCUCCCCCGCCGCGCCGUACCGUCAUGGCGAUCCCCUUGACGCACUGGGCUCCGGUCAGGAGACGACUUGCAACGAGGCGUUCCAGAUACUCAAGGCUGAAGUCAGCAGACUAAAGGAGAGACUGGAAAGCAGUCUGAGAAACACCAAACCUCUCGGUCCUGUCACUGUUCCCCCCUCAGCCCAAGGGAACUACACGCAACCCAACACCUCUACCCCUCGUGUCAGGUCUGGGCAACGGGGGAGGAAAGGUGGUAGAGAGGAAAGAGCGGGGAGAAGGAGAAAUGAUGACCUGGAGGAGGAGCGUACAUCAAGACCGGAUCCCAGGAAGAGAUCCUUCUCUGUCCCCAGACGGAGACCAGAGCUGGACAUCACUACAGAUUCAGAGCAGUCAGACGGCUCCACGCUGCAGCAUCAGAUCUCCAGACCAGUCCCUGUUCCUCCUGCAGCAAAGGGAAACUGCUGCAGUCAUCCAGGCGCUGUCCGGAACAACAAAGCCCCCACCAGUAAGACUACCAAGGGAUCCAACACGGGAAUGACUCGCACUCUCAUCCUGCCCUCUGAUUCAGUCCACAGAGUAGAGAUAUGGCAGGGUCACGCCCACAGAUGCUGCCACCACACUAAUUCCCCUGACGGAGGAGUGAGGGGUGCCUACUAUGCAGCAUCAGCCCCUUCUGUGCUGAGUAACGUGCCACUGGUACAGUGUGUCCCAGUGUGCCCGCCUCCAGUCCUGCUCUACUCCAGCCCAGUGAUGAAGAUAGAUUCCCAUCCGCAGCCCUUCUAUGUGUCUGUAAACGAUGGCAAUGGGGUGUGUGCGGAGGUCAGAGGUCGCAGGGAAGUGAGGGGUCACUCGGGUCGUUCCCUGUCUGCUGACCAGCAGAUUUCCCUGAACAGCUCUCUGAACAGAGCCAUCCAGGCAGCUAGAGACAUGAAGCACACCUCCAGACGCAUGGCCCGCUCUCUGGCUACUGGUCUACACUAUCAGGAGUCACUGUCUCAGUCCUGCAUCUACUAGUCUCCCUUCACCAGCUAACACUCCGCUGACGUUGUGGCAUCUGACUUGAUUUGGUUUUAGUUGACUCGUGAGUGCAACAGUGAGCAUAGCGGCAGAUUGAGAAUACAUCUCGAGAGCCUUCAGAUUACCACCAGCCCAUGAGCCGAAGACAAAGCCGAAAGCCACAUUACCAGGCAACAGG